AUCAAAUGAAUAUAAGGUUUAAAAUAUGAUAUGUAAGAAAAUAUAAAAAUGGAUUUUACCACUGAUGCGUCAAAUCAUAAUGAAUCCUUUACAUAUAGCAGUGACAGUAAUAAUGAUAGCGACAUCGAAUCUCGGCUAUAUGCUGAAAUUCACUUCGCAAAUAUUAUUGACGGUGAUAAUGAUUUGAUUGAAUCCGCAGUCGAUAAUGAGUUGACACAAAUUUCAGAAAUUACCUCGUACAAUUCAAGCGAUAUCAAUACUUUCAUAACCGGUCGAGAAAAUUUGAAUCACUUUGAACAAACUGAAAGUGGCGAUGCUGAAACAUUUAAUAAUCUUAAUGAAAAAUCAUCGAUUUAUUUUGAAAGACAUUUUAAACGUGCCAAUAUCAUGGAUGAAGUAGAUAUUUCAAGUGUUCCAGCAGAAAGCAGUUUGAAUAAAUCAUCAAAUAUUGUACCCAAUAUAAAUACUUUAAGUAAUUUAAAAAAAAUGAAAAAAUCCAAUAAAAGAUCGGCAAUUGAUAAUAGCUCUAACAAGUCAAUUGAAUCGUAUAAUAAGAAAUCUAAAUAUACUGAUAAGAGUAUAAAUAGCAGUGAUAGAAAAAACAAAGAAGUGAUUCCAAGUUAUUUAUUAAAUGAUUUGGAUAUUUCAACUAUAAAUCGUUUAAGAGAGCAUAUAAAAAAAAAUAAGUUACAACAAGGUAAGACAAAAAUGAAAAUGCUUAAUCCCUUUCAUGGUAAGUCUGCAGACUUUGCACAACUUAUGGAUCCAGAAUUUUUAAACUUAUUGCACGGCAAAAAAUUACGAUUGGCAAAAAAAGCAAAAAAUAGAAAGUUAAAAAAAACAAUUUCCAAAUCAAUUGUGGAGAAUGUAUCCAAUAUAACGACUGACACUAAUAUACCACUAAUUGAAAUAGUUGACAAUGGCGAUAAAAAAAUACUUGAAAAUGAUGACGAUACUACUAGUCAAAAGAAUAAUACAGAAGCUACUGGAAAUAAUAUUGAGCAGCGUAAUUCACUUAAUAUUUCAGAAAUUAUUGAUAUAAGUUCAGAAUCAUCGAGCGAUUCUAAAGAAGAUAAUUUUAAAUACACAAGUGUAGCAACGGAGAAGAAACUUCAAGCAAAGAAUAUUGUAAUAAAUGAUAAUUCAGAAGAAUCGACAUCCGAUUGUCAAUCAAUUUUUGAAAUUCCGGUAUCCCCUAAGCCAACUCCACCUGUGAUUGUAUUAAAAGAUUCUGAUAAUGAAAGCAGAAAAUCACUAAUUAUUCGUGAAGUUGAAAGUCCAACCAGAGGAGAAGAUUUUCUACAUAGCCCCAAUAAUACAGUUAGUAAUAAAUUGAGCGUUGAUUCUGAAAGCGAUUCGGUUAGUGAUAUGAUUUUAAAUUGUUCAGAAAUCGAACCACACGUUUCCAAUUUAAGUGAAAUUAAAAAGCUAAACAAAUUAUCGAAUUUGAGAGAAUGUGACGGAGGAAGGAAUGUUAUUGAAGCAGAUGUUACAAUACUAGAGGAUUCUAUUAACAGUCAUGCGAGUACUAUUGUAAGCUCGGUUAUUAAAGAGAGUAAUUCGAAUGGCUCUAACAAUGCCGAGGUUGCAUCAACUAACAAUGAAACAAACAAUUUAAAUGAGAAGCAGAAAAAUAAGGAUGAUCAUAGCCACAAAAAUAUUUCAAUGGAAGAAUACUUUUUUCAACCCAUGACCAAUGAAAUGAGAACGUUUUACAAUAAAUCAUGGGGGGGUGAGCAGUUUGACAUUAAAAAAUUGAAAAGUCAAAUGUCGCCUGAUCCAAAUAAUUGGGCAGUAUUAAAAGAUGAUGUAAUAAAUAACGUUUCUCACGCUCGACGAUACUUUGGUAAAGUUUGCAAUAAUUGCAGAAAACCAGGACACAAGCAAUACAAUUGUCCCGAAGCAUAUAAAGUAAUAAUUUGCCACAUGUGUGGCGGUAGUGGUCAUCUUGAUACUAGUUGUCAGAACAAAAUAUGUUUAACGUGUGGAAAGAAACAGAAUAUGUACAAAAAAACAUGCCAGUACUGUAGGAAUUUGGUUUGCUCGAGAUGUGAUUCGCAGGGUCACUUAUCGAAUACUUGCCCAGAUCUUUGGCGUCGCUAUCACCAAACUGUAAAGAAUGCAAUUUAUAAUUUAAUCAAUUUAUCAAAUACAAAACUACAAAUGAAAAUUAAUAUAGUCGCGAUUCUUUGUAGAAGUGAUGGUGCAAAAAUUCCUAAAAAUUUAUGCAACGUUAUGAAACCUGAAAAAGAAUUAUACUGUUGCAAUUGUGCGCGAAAGGGUCACAAUUCGAUAAAUUGCAGGAAACGUCAUUGGUCUCAACAUUUCCAAAAUCCACCUUACGUAUCGAGUUACGGUGGUCCAAAUUAUACUCUACAAUCUGAUUCCUCCUCUUGUCCAGAUGAUGUGUGCGACAGAGUAAAUUUAAGCUCCACCCUCGAUAAUUCGGACACUGAAUUUGGUAGCGACAAUGCAGAUAAUUUAAGCACAAUCUGCCAGGGUGGCAAUAAUAAAAAAAGGAAGAAUGCACAAGCGAAGCAAAAUUUGUCCAAAGAUAAUACAGCAGAGACUAAGGAGAAUGUAAACAUUAGAAUUAAAUCUCCUGACAUGGGCAACGGUAAUAAUAAUCCAUCAUUUAAAACACUGCAUUUAAAAUAUUACAUUUCUCCUAAAAGUCAAUCAAAUAAGCUUAAGAAUUUGCAAGUGCUAUUGGAUUUCAUAAAUACAAUAAAGCAUAAUAUGCAAAUUGAUUUUUUGCUCAAACAAAAUAACAAACAAAUUAACAUAAAUAUUAAUUGUUCGUGCUAUCUCGCCUUUGCGUUAAAACAUCUAGUUUCUCAAUUUAUUGAUCGUAAUACUUUUGAAAGAUCGCAUAUAUAUUUGAACUGUGAUAGGGAUGCAAAUACGAUACUGAAUCAUCUAUCUGCUAAAAUUAUUGAAAUGAACAAUGUAACCGAAUGCCCAUUCGAGCUUUAUGAAAAGACUCAACAAUUAAGUAAGGAAAUGGGCCAUGAAAAUUAUUGGGACAAUGAUCUGCGACACUCAUUACAAUGUAGUGAAUUGUCUCGUUGUCACCAAAAAUUAUUAAUGAUCAUAUAUAGAGAAGGAUUUGGUGGUAAUUCCUUGAAAAACUUGCUAAAAGUGAAAGACAAGAUAAGGUUCAAGAUGCAAGGACAGGCAAAGAAAACGAAUAAAUUGAUUUCAUUUAAUUGUUUGUUUACAUAUUUAUAUAACUACAAUAAUGUUUUCGUACCGCAUAGGCCAAAAAAUUUACCGACUUUAAUGAAUCUUUAUAAAGAGCGUAUUGACAUGUGUAAUAGAAUUGCAAACGAUCGAAGUGUGUUUGUAAGGCAAGCAGUGGGAUCGGAUAGAGACUUUACCAGUACAACUACACAAGAGAAAUUAGAUAAUUAUGUAAUUGCAACAAAUAAUUCGUCGCAGCCUUCGAUGGAAGAAUUACAGCCCGCAAGCACUUAUACGAGGAGCAUAACCGCGAGUGAUACAAUUUUCCCAACCGUUAGUUCGGAAACUCUGCGAAUCGAGAAUCAUACGAAAGAAAAUGUAAAGAGAAGGAAAAAAGCGAAGAAUCUUAAUACGUUUUAUAAAUUGUCAAAAAGUUGCAGAGAUGUGAAUAAGAAAAAAAAAUUUAAAACAAUGUUUGAAACAUUUAUUGCAAGGACUAAGCUUCUAAUCGAUACUGCGAGUAAAUUAGAUGCACCAAAUAUACAGAAUGAAAUUUUUAUUUUACAAAAUAAAAUGAAGGACGAAUCGUACGUUACAGUGAAAGACGUCAAGCCACUGAAGAAAUUAGUGAACAGGCUAAAGCAAAAUAAGUAAAAGUAUCCAAACGCAAAUGAUAUAUAUAUAUAUAU